CGUCCUCCGCCUGCUCAGUGCUCACUGCUCACGCCUCACCUCACCUCACCUCAAAAGGCUCCCCAGACAAGAGUCUUUUUUUUUAGUGUUGAGAGUCAAGUAGGGAGUAGUUGGGCUUGGAACUGAGUGAGCAAGAAGAAUUGACUGUCGAGGAGUCGGGAGCGAGUGAGCUCUGUUCCUCUGUGCGCCAUGGAGUCCUUCAGCUUCCUCAAGUACUUGCGCGGCGGCGCGGUUGCCGGCAACCAGCGCGCGCCUGUGCCCACCACGACCAUAGCUGCGUCGGUGUGUGAAGACGGCGGAGGUGGAGGUACAGGUGGCGGUGGGGACGUUGACGACGCCACCUCCUUCUUCGAUCUUGAGUUCGCGGUGCCCGGCGACGAGAGCGCCGCGUCCGACGCGGAGGAGGAGAGGGUCGAGUUCAACUUUGCCGUCUCUGGCGACGACGUCGCGUCCGGUGGCGAGGUGGUGGCCGUGGACGCGGUGGCGCCGGGCGAGGAACCCGGCGACGGGAAGGACGACGCGGAGGCGGCCGAGGUUGCUCCGCCGCCGGCGUCGUUCCUCCGGCCGGCGACCAAGUUCCGCGUGCUGCUGCUGAAGCUGAGGAAGCCGAAGGUCCCCGUCCCGGGGGAGAGCAACGGUGGCGGCGCACCGGCGGCGAAGGUGAACCGGUUCUUGAUAAAGUUCCGGGUGGACGACGCGCCCCUCGUGUCGCUCUUCACGCGCGACAACAGCUCUCGCAGCUCCGACGCCGGCGCCGGCGCAGACAAGCCCGCGGCGGUCCAGGCAGCGCAGCCCCAGGAUGCGGCGGCAAUCACCGCCGAGGAGCGGCUCUUCGUGAAGGAGGUGCUCCUCAAGUACCUGAACAAGAUCAGGCCGCUCUACGUCAAGGUCUCCCGCCGCUACGGCGAGCGCCUCCGCUUCGCCGGCGCCAGCGAGGGCGAGGAGACGGACGCCGAGCACGAACCUUCCCCUGCGCCUUCCCCCACCCCGUCCCAGCCUCCGUCCUUGGCGGCCCCGGCCCCGGCGCCGCAGCCAGUCGUCGUCGCCUGCGGCGUGCGCGCCCCCCGCGCCAGCGUCCCGGCCGGUCUGAAGCAGGUGUGCAAGCGGCUCGGCAAGAGCCGCUCCGCGUCCUCCGCCGUGGCCGCCGCGCCCUCGCCGCCUCCCCCGUCCACUCCGCAGCCGCAGCGCCGGGAUGACUCGCUGCUGCAGCUGCAGGACGGCAUCCAGAGCGCUAUCGCCCACUGCAAGCGCUCCUUCAACGCCUCCAAAGGGUCCGAGUCGCCGCCGGCGCGGUCCAUGACGAUGAGCGACCCGAGGGACGGGAGGGCCGACACCAACGACGGCGCUUGACGCGGGUCGUCCGAUCCGCUGAUACAAAGAUGAACGGUGAUCAAGUAGUAUUAAGGUAGAUGCUAGUAGUGUUAUUAGCCUCAUGAUGCCGUAUUAAAAAAAAAGCGUGCAUGUGUGCUCUCUUCCUUGUCUUAACGUGGCCAAAAGAUCUGUCUUCCGUGCCGCGAUGAACUCAUAGUUUUAGUACCUACUACGUUCAUGCUCUCUCGAUGUAAAAUAUUGCCCAUCCCCCAUGUGAAAUCGCCUUUCUAGUAAA